AGUGCGUCAGCCAACCGACUGCCACACUCUUAACCCGUGGCUGGGUCCUGUUCAUCGGACAUGUAUAUGACAUUCCAAUAUCAAGCAACUAGAACAGCUGAAUGUUUGAGCAGCCAGCAACCUAUCGGGGCAUAAUAGCCUGUGAAACACAUGGUAACUUUUGAACAGCAUUGGAACAAGAAGAUUGGUUGAAAGUGAACGUAUCGCCUCAUACCUGAGAUUGUCCUCUAUAUUUAUGUACCUGGAUUUUGGAUUUACCCUAAUUGGGACACUUGGAUCCUACCUGUCCUCGUUAGGGCAGUGAGAGUUUGGAGGGGGAGUUUACAUCGGGUUUGAAGUUCCCUCCCUAAGCGUGACAUUCAAGCAGCGACUAUAUGUCUGAGGGGAGCUGAUCGGAUCUGGGAGAAGUGUUAGGACACAUGUGGCACAAAUUCCGCCACGAUGGCGAUGUCAAAUGGUUUUGGAUAUAUGGUGGAGGAAGAGGAGAGUGUUGUGUCAGAGCUUGGCACAACAAAAUCUAUGGCAUGGUACGAACAAAAUCGACUCAAGGAUACAGACCAGCGAGACGCUGUUCAGAAGAAGACAUUUACAAAAUGGGUCAAUAAGCAUUUAUUAAAGGCUGGAAGGAGAAUAGUGGACUUGUAUGAAGAUCUCCGCGAUGGACAUAACUUGAUCUCGCUUCUGGAGGUGCUGGCACACGAAAUAUUGCCAAGAGAAAAAGGACACAUGAGAUUCCACAAAAUUCAGAAUGUACAGAUAAGCUUAGAGUUUCUCAAAAUGAAGGGGAUACGACUGGUCAAUAUAAGGUCCGAUGAAAUUGUGGACGGAAACCCCAAACUGACCCUGGGGUUGAUAUGGACUGUUAUCUUACAUUUCCAGAUUUCCGAAGUUGUGGUGCCAGGGCAGAGUGAAGACAUCACGGCACGUGACGCCUUGUUGCUAUGGAGUCGCAGACAUGUGGAAGGAUACCCUGGCGUCCAGAUCAGAGACUUUUCGAGAAGUUGGAGAGACGGAAAAGCAUUCCUUGCCAUUGCACACAGACACAGACCGGAUUUGGUGGACUUCCGGAAAGCCAGACAUUGCAGCAACAAACAGAACCUAGAGACAGCUUUCCGACUAUAUGAGAGGGAAUAUGGAGUUACCAGACUUCUUGACCCUGAAGAUUUGGACGUACCCGACCCUGAUGACAAGUCUGUGUUGACCUACGUCUCCUCCCUCUACGAUGUCUUCCCACAAGUCCCCACUGUCGAGCAGUCACUCAGAGACAAUGAGCGUCAGCUGAAGGUGGAGGAGUACCGCGACCUUGCCACCGCCCUGCUCUCCUGGCUGACUCCCACCACUAACAUGAUGCUCGACCGCUCCUUCCCGGGCAACCUGAUGGAGCUCAAGAAUUUGCUGGCUGACUUCAAUAGAUUCCGUCUGGAAGAUUUCCCAGAAAGAAUGGAACAAAGGAAGAAGCUGCUCAAACUGUGGGAGGAAAUACAGCAACUCUCCACAGACUCCGCCCAUCCCGGGAUAGAGGAGGAGUUUAGUCCGGACAAUAUCAACCGAUUGUGGAGCAGAUUCGUCUCUGCCCAGCAGGAGAGAGACAUGGCCCUCCAAGCAGAGAUACUCAGGUUGGAGAGACUGCAGCGAGUAGCGGAGAAGGUGCACCGAGAGUCGAAGCUAAACGAGGACACUCUGGUGGAUCUGGAGAGGAAGGUGGCGGAGGAAGAGAGGAGGGUGGAUGUGAUUCACCCCUUCGAGGCCAAGCGUAGCUGUGAUGCAAUUGACCGGUCCAUCAAGACCAUAGAGGACAACAUUCGUAACCUGUUCCGAGACAUUCACAGUUUACAAGAUGGACGAUAUCCUCAGGCAGAUCAAAUCUACAGGAGGGUAUCGGACCUUCAGACGCGUGUGUCGCAGCUACGCACGCAGCUGUACAGCAACGUGGUGCAGCGGUUGCUGUCCAGGUCCUACGUGGAGGAGGGCCGCACCAUCACCAAGAGGAAGGAGGUCAUCACAGAGGUCCGGAUGGUGGACACCAACCCCGCCUUCAAACACUUACAGGACUGUCUUGACUGGAUCGAGGAGAAGCAGCAAUCCCUCGAGUCAGCCGAGUACGACAACGAGCUGUCCCGUAUCCAGGCCCUGCUCCAGGCCCACCAACGGGUCCACCAGGAGAUCCUUGGCUUCCGGGCUCAGGUCGACAAGUGUAUAGCAGACCGGAGAAGUCUUUCAGGAGAAGAACAAAAGCUUUACACCCAGACUCUUUCCAAAGCUGAAGUGGCUUAUUCCUUGUUAACGAACACGUCCGUACGCCGUCAGAAGUGCCUGGAGUCACUACAUGACUUUAUCCAGGUGGCCACAGCAGAGCUGGUGUGGCUUGGACACAAGGAGGGCGAGGAGACGGCCCGAGACUGGGGCAGUCGCAACAUCAACGUCGGGGAAGUCGAUGAACAACACAGGGGCCUGGUCCGACAGCUAGAGUCCCGCGAGUCCCAGUUCAACGCUGUACAGGAACGAGGUGGUGCUAUGAUUCUAGACAGACAUCCAGCAGCUAAGACUGUCGAGGCGUACAUGGCCACGUUGCAGUCUCAGUGGUCCUGGCUGUUGGAGUUGACGGCGUGCCUGGAGCAGCACCUCAAGCACGCCACCGCCCACCAACAGUUUUUCGAGGAGGGGCAGGAGUGUGAGCAGUGGAUGAUGCGACAGACGGAACAUCUCCAGAAACGAUACGCACGAAAAAUGCUCCCCGGAGAGGAGGCAGAACAUCUACUCCGAGAACUGGAGGAAAUGCAGGACCGUCUCCAUGACUACGAGCGCCAUAUCUCGUCUCUGGUGGUACGCAGUCACGAGGUUGUCCCCCUUCUGCAACGGAACCGCCCAGUGUUCAAUCCAGUCCGUAUCCGAUCAAUUUGCACAUACCACCAGGAGGAGCUGAGUUUCCAGAGGGGAGAAGAGUGUGUUUUGUUGAGCAAUUCAGAUGCUCUGAAAUGGAAGGUGCGGACGGCUGUGGGUAUGGAAUCGACGGUGCCAUCUGUCUGCUUCAUAAUCCCACCCCCCAACCAGGAAGCCGUGGACUAUGCAAACAGGUUAAAGUCACAGCUGGAGAAGUUGUUGUCCCUGUGCCGUACCCAGCAGCGGAACAUGAGAAAGGGGAUGGUGCUUGCCACGAUAGAGAUUGUCAAGGGAUGGGACCUCAAACAGUUCCGUGCCCUUGACCCCUCCCAACGUGUGGCCAUAUGGCAGGCACUGCGACAGGACGCGGAGAAACUCCUGGCCGAGUGCGGAGACUCUGACCCUCAGAUGGCCAAACUCCGACAAGACCUGCAGGAGUGUAACCAGAUCUUCCUCAACCUCUCGUCUCAGGCAGCAGCAGACGAGUCCAAGUUGAGUCAGUCGGCGUCCCAGAGCUUCCUGCAGCAGCUGGAGCAGGUAAACCGGAACCUGGGUCAGUGUGACCAGCAACUGUCCACCCUCCUCAACAAGCCUAUCCACAACAACACUGACGCUGUUCACAGAUCUCUCACCUCACAUCAGGAGUUUGACCGAGACCUACUGAGCAGUGAACGGGAUGUGGAUCGUCUGCAGCAGACGUACCAGAACAUCACGCCAAAAACAUCCCAGAUUGAAUCCCGCCUCAAUCUCGUGGUCCAGAAAUGUGACCAGCUUAAAGCAAUUUCACAGAUAUAUGUAGAUAGAAUGAAGAGCGCCAUGCUUGUAGUUUCGAGUCUGGAUGAAGUGAAGCAGCUAGUGUCGGACUACGAGAUUACGCUGGCCUCACAUGACAACAUGACCUCUGACACACAGGGUCUUCGCAAUACAAAAGAGGAGCUGGUGGACCUCCAGUCCUCCAUCCAGACCAAGCAGCCCCACGUUGACUCCCUGAAGCGGGAGGUGCUGAAGUUGCGGGCGCUGACAGAGCACAGCCGCCCCGGUGUCAUGCAGCACCACGACGUGGAGUCGCUGGAGAAGGACGUUGACGAGGUCACCGGGCGCUGGGACAAUGUCUGUAUACAGGUGGUGGAGAGACUGCGGAGCAUGGACACGUCGUCUGACCUGGCCUCCCUGUACCACAACGGGCUGACCGGGGAGCAGCAGUGGGUCGGCCAGAUGCAGGCCAGGAUAGAGUCCCAGCCCCUCCUGUCAGACAACGUCGACCAUGUCAAACAACAGCUGGAGCCCACCAUGUCUAUUUACAACUCCCUCGGAGAACGUCGCCACCAGAUCGAGGCUGUCAACCGUCAUGGCGGACAGUACAUCCGAGAAGCAAAGAUUUAUGACAAGCGACUGCGGCACUACAGGGAAAGUCUUGAAGAAGUUGACGCCAAGUUGAUCGAAACUGUACAUAAGAAGUUAAAGACUCAAUCAGGUGCAAAGGCAGUGCAGCAGGAGCUGGACACACUGAACAAAGACUACAUGGAAAUGGUCAAGUGGACAAGUGCUAGGUUGAAGGACAUCACAGCCAUACUGUCCCAGGCCAAUAUAGACAUUAAGUUCCAAAUGGUCAUAGAUGAUGAAAUUCCCCUACUUCGUACAUUCCGUGCCGAGCUGGCUAAACGAUCCUCCAUGCUGUUUGAUGAGGACAUGGAGGAGUUCUUCCAGCAACUCAACGAGUUCGAGGGCUACGGAAACUUACCCACGACCUACUUCGGUGGACACCAUACCUACGUCAGUCAAGCUGUUAUCCAACCAGCUGCUACAGUUUCAGCCCAGCUGGAGAACCAAGAAAGGCUGUUGCGUGUUUCCAAGGUCGGCACUGUCCAAGAAGUCGUAGGUCCUCAGCGAAGUAGGACAAAUCUUGAUAGUAUGAGUGUAUCUGUGAGUCAAGACCAUCAAAGACGUCUGUAUGAAAAGGUGGCUGUGAUGACGAGUUCAAAUGCCAGGGCAACAAGUGCAGAUGUUCAGACAUUGAUCACAGUGAGGAACACUGAGGUUGCACCAAGGGGACCAUUGUUGCAUGUGUCAGCCAUUUUGAACCCAUCGACCAGGGAAAGAGUGAACCUUGUCGAAGCUAUACAAUCUGGUUUGAUUGAUCCCAAGACACAAACCUACUGUGAACCCAAAUCAAAACAGAGGCUGUCCUUACACAAUGCUGCAAAACAAGGAUUCAUUGACGAGAGCCUUUUGAAACAAAUGAAUUCCAACUCAGGCAUCAAGGAUAGGACAGGCAAAAGUUUAACUCUUAUGGAAGCAAUUGGUAAAGAUUUGUAUGACCCUGUUACCAAUUCUGUGAAAGACCCAGCUUUUGGUACAGAAAUGCCUUUGUCUGUUGCAGUGUCAAGGAACAUUAUGUCAGAAUCUUGUGCCGCUUCACUGCAAGGAGAGCCUGUCAAUAUCACAGCUAUAACACAUGCUCAAGCUGUUGUUCCCAAUUCUGAUCUUGCUAAGGCUGAUGCUUCAGUAAGUCUCACUCAGGCAAUAGAGCAAGGCUUGUUUGAUCAAUCUACUGGAAAGAUACAUGACCCCUUUACUGGGGAGAAGUUGACUUUGAUCAAUGCUGUAGAAAAAGGGAUUGUGAAUUCUAGUGUGUGUGAAAUUCUGAGUCCACAAACAGGACAAUGCAUGACUCUCACUGAAGCUGUGAGUAAAGGAAUAGUGGACCCUGUCUCUGGGACCUAUGUCCAUGCAACUACAAAACAGAGAUUGCCACUAGAUGAAGCUCAUACAAGAGGGCUUGUGAGGAGACCUGCUCCUCUCUCGGAUGUGAUAUCUGACGGGUGCUUACUAGAAAAUGGAUCAAUACUCGAUAAAACCUCAGGGCAAGUAGUGACACUUGAAGAAGCUUUGAGGUCAGGGUUGGUUGAUGGUGAAAGUAAGUGUCUUGUUGAUCCCAAAUCUGGUGAUGUACUAUCGUUGAGUGAAGCCAUGAGGCGAGGGCUUGUGAAUAAAGCUGGUGACUUUGUGCCGUUUGGUAGAGGCUCUCCGAAAUCUAUCUUGAAUGCUGUUGGACAGGGCGAUCUUAAGCUUGUGAAUGAAAGUGUUACAUUCUCAGACUCCUUAGUUAAGGAUACCUCAACAAAACAAGGAGUAACCUUGUCUGAAGCAAUAAAGCAAGGCUUAAUGACAUCCAAGGGCACUUUCAUUGAUAAAAGGACAAGGCAAGAACUUUCACCGCAACAAGCUGUGGCUCGUGGUAUCGUUGAUCAGUCCCUAGUAGAUAAAUUAAACCAGAAAACCAGUCUCAAAGACAGAACUGGUCAAACACUGACCAUGCUGCAAGGAGUGCAGAUGGGAUACAUCUCACCAGAAGAUGGUUCAGUGAAAGACCCAAGAACAGGGAAGCUCCGUACUUGUCAACAAGCAGCCACAGAAGGAAUAUUAAAACCAGAUGAAGCUUCAGACUUGCUGAGUCUCAUAAGUCCAGUUGUGACUUCAACAACCAUCCUGACUCAGAUACAACCUUCCCACCCUGAGGCAGUGAUCAGGUCUCUGUCGGUGACAGAAGCAACCAGGAGAGGUCUAUUGGAUGAUGGAACUGGCAUGUACACCCAUCCUCAGACAGGAGAAAAGAUGCCAGUUGAUGAAGCUUUAAGUAGAGGAUACCUUCGCCUCAGCUCAGAAUGGCCCUCCACACCUGAUGGAACUCUUCCUAAAGGUUUUGAUGAGCUGGAUGAAAGAAAUGGUGCUACAUUCAAAGUGUCUGUUGGAACACAGCCAAGAGACACUGAACCCUCCGAGUCUGUUGAAUCUUUCAUGUCUAAAUCUGGUGCUCAGUAUUCCUUCACAACCACAACCACAUCCCUACCAUCUAUAACACCAACAGUCAUCAAUGAGACACGUCAGUUGACUCUGAAGUCUGUUGUUGAUCCCAGAACUGGCAGGGACAUUAGUGUUACAGACGCCAUGAAUAGGGGCUUGAUUGAUCUUGAGAAAGGACUUUACUGUGAUUCAACCAGUGGAACAAAAAUGCCUUUGAACAUUGCUGUUGAACGAGGCUACAUAAAAGCAGAUCAAAUGAGUGAUCCAAGUUCUCAAAAUGGUGAACCUAUUAAGGAAACGAGAGCAUUUUCCAUCACUGGUGUUAUUCAUCCCAAAACUGGUGAGAAAAUGACCGUUAGCCAAGCAAUAAGAAACGGAAUCCUUGACCAAGAAAAUGGCCUCUAUCAUGGAGCUGACAAGUUUGGUAGAAAGGACACAAUGCCCAUCAGUGAAGCUAUACAGAAAGGGUUUGUGAUAGCUGAAGACAUCAGUACAACUGUGUCUGUUCCUGGAUCUCUGCUUAGAGAAACCAAAACAUUCAACUUGAAGAGUGUGAAGCACCCUCUCACUGGCAAAUACAUGACUGUAGCAGAUGCUGUAUCCCAGGGCAUCAUUGACGAGUCAGAAGGUGUUUAUAACAACCCAUUCACUGGGGUGAAAAUGUCAAUCCAUGAAGCCAUUGAGAAGAAACUGAUUGAGGCUGAACUCACAUCUGUGACAUCAAAUGCAGAAGGAGAUGUUAACAAGAUAACCACAACAAAACUGACAACCCUAGCUGUGACUGCUGUCAAAGAUCCAAGAACUGGUAGACUGGUAACUGUAAACAAAGCUAUUGAGGACGGUAUCCUUGAUCAUGGGAAGGGUAUCUAUCACAAUCUUGUCACUGGACAGAGCAUGCCACUCAAUGAAGCAAUAGACAGUGGCCUUGUUAUGGCAGACACAGCAGAAGAUGAAGAUGACUUGGAAAGAGCAGAGAUAGCUAGUAUCCAUAUUGCUGAUGAUCAAGAAUCAUUUGAAGCUACUCUGCUCGAAGACAUUCACUCUGAAACCAUGACUCUAAGCAUCAGCAGUGUCAUUGAUCCCAGAACAAUGGAGAUGAUCUCUUACGAUGAUGCCGUCCUUAAUGAUAUUCUCAUGGUCAAUGAUGGUAUCUAUCGCAAUCCCUUAACAGGUGAAAAAAUGACUAUUACUGUUGCCAUGGAAAAAGGCUUAAUUCAUGGAGAAGUCACAGCAAAGACCAAAGAGGAAGAAAUCAUGAGGUGCUCUGUCAAUGCAGAAAAACCAACUUUCACUUCGUCCCACCAGAUAACAUCUGCUAUUGAUCCUAGAACUGGAAAGCAGAUUUCUGUAGCAAGAGCUGUGAAAGAAGGCCUGAUUAAUGUUGAAAAAGGUACCUUCUAUGACACCAGAUGUGGAGAAGAGAUCUCUCUUGAGAAUGCUAUGAACCAAGGCUUCUUAAACCCAUCCAAACAGACAGGUGCUUCCGAACUUGAGAAAUCCAUGGAUGAAGAUGAUGAUAUUCCAAAGAUUGUUCUGAGGAGAAGCUCCGAUAAAGAUUCUCCUUGGUCAGUUGUGGACAUUGAACUGGAAAAGACAACAGCAGAAGAACCUGGAGAGUCAACACUUGCAAGAGAAGUUCUUCAUUAUUCCACUGAAAUAGAAAGUCAUAGUCCAUUGAACAGAUCCACAGACUUCCCUCAUACACCUCUAACUCCAGGUGAAGUCUUUACUCAGGAAUCAGGCAGACAACCUCUCGGACUUUCUUAUGAGGCAGCAGUGAAACUAGGCAUAGUAGACACUGAAAGGGGCAGAGUCAAAGAUCCCAAAACUGGAGUGACUAUGACUUUGUCUGAUGCUGUCACAUGUGGUCUAAUAGAUGCAGACAAAACAGCCAUUUCUGAUCCUACCUCAGGAAGGACCAUCAGUCUAAGUGAUUGUUUAACAAAAGGUAUUGUUAAUCCAGUGUCUUGCAAAGUUGACCCUAUGGUAGCUGAACAAUCUGGUGUGAAGCAAGCAGAACAACUAUUCAAAGGCAAACAGCUAAACCUGAUUGAUACUGUAAGGAAUGGAUUGUUUGACAACAGAUCUGGAAAGAUCUUUGAGCCAACUAUUGGCAAAUCAAUCACAUUGCGAGAAGGAUUAAAUAAGAACUAUAUUGAAGGCACACUGGUUACUGUGAAAAACACUCAGACUGGAGAAAGGGUACCCUUGAAACGUGCAAUGCAGCAGGGUCUCAUUGAUGGGACGUUGUGUUUAGUUUGGGACAAAGCAACCAACAAGAAAAUACCACUCCCAGUUGCAAUAGAAAGAGACUUGGUUGAAAAUGUGCUUGAUUGUUCAUCUGGACAGUUAUUGGAUUCUCAAUCGGGGAAACAAAUUCCUUUAGAAAAAGCCCUUGCUCAGGGUAAACUGAAGCCUGAAAGUGUUGAAGUAUUGGAUACAAGGACUGGUGAACAUGUUCAGUAUCAGGAUGCAUUGAGACGUGGUCUCAUUGACAGGUCAGGCAAUGUUGUUGACAAGUCUGAUGGAAGUAGCAUGUCUGCAGAAGAUGCACUGAAGAUGGGUCUCCUUGCUAUUGUUGGUGGUCCUAUUUUAGCUGGGAAGAUGGUUGUGGAUGCAGUCAAGAAGAAGACGUCAGAGAGAUCAAGCCGUCCAUCUGGAUUCUCUGAAGGACAGUUGAAUGGGGAACCAAAUAACAGAGAGUCCUCAAGAACAGUGGAGACAAGGGAAACAGAACCAUUGACAACAAUAGUGUAUGCUAAACCAGGUGACAACAUCCGUCCUGCCAAGCCAACCAGUUCUAGAGAAGUUCAAGAAGUAGUUAUUGAAACAAGUGUGAUUCAAAAGGUUAGGAAACCAUCGGAUAUGUGGGAAGAUGGAAAGAUUGAAACAAAGUUACAUGAGGUGGGGAAGGUGACAGACGAACUGGAUAGUUCGGAAACAUCCACUGACAGAUUUUCUUCGGUAAGUGGUGUAGUUGGAGUUGCUCCUGUAGAUUCUGCUUCCUCCCUGUUCUCUGCACCCUCUCCAUCAUCGCCAACAAAAUCAUCUGUGCGUAUUUCUCAACAGUCUGAGGUGAAGGGUGUUCCUAUGCAACCUAGUCCAAGUUCUAUCUCUGCUCCCCAAAUAUAUACACCCUCUAUCUCCAGCUCUGAAACCAAACCAAGUGUGCCCUCUGUUAGUGACUCUGACCUUGAUAUAGAUUGGAAUUCUGGACAAGUCCUUGUUAAAUCUACUGGUGUUGCUAUGACUGUUACUCAGGCUGUACAGAAAGGUUACAUUGAUUCAGAAGUUGUUGAAAGGCUUGCUGUGAAUUCUGGAUUUGAGUCUGGGCAUAAGAUAACAAUAAACUGGGAUGAUGGGUCAAUCACAGAAAAGAACUCGGGUAAAACAUACACUAUCCAUCAAGCCCUAGAUAAAGGUCUUAUUGAUAGACCUACAUUCAAUGCUCUGACAGCUGUAACAGGUGAUCAGACACAAACAACAUCAGGUUAUACCCAAGGCGUGCAGUUUUCUGAGACAUUCAAGUCCACAACAGUGCAAAAGAGUUCCCAUAGAGAAGGCACUGCUGGUGACAAAAUCACUUCCUCUGUAAGACAUUCUGAAAAAGUGGAAUCUGUGGCUGGAUCUAGAGUUACUGAUACAAAACCUUUGAGACCGUCUAAUGAAGUUCCUACCUUGAAUCAGCUUGUCAAAGAAGAACAAUACAUUCCUUCGACUGGAAAAGUGAUUGACCCCAAGACCAGGAGAUCAAUGACUAUAAGUGAAGCUGUUGGUAAAGGUCUGGUCGACUCAGAGAACUCUGUAGUCAUAGAUCCAAAAUCUGGCCACGCAGUCCCACUUGUUGAUGCUAUCGACAGGGGUAUCUUGGAUCCCAGAACUGGAUACUUAAUUCAUGCUGACACAGAUGAGAAGAUCACCCUUCAGGAAGCUGAUCUUGAAGGACUCAUUCCUCAUCCUGAACACCUAAAUACUUUACGAAUCAACGGCAAAGCCAUGAGUUUAAAAGAUGCUGUUGCUAAAGGACUUGUUGACAUGGAGAGUGGCACAUUCACCGAUCCUUUGACAAGUGACAUCAUGUCUCUGGCUGCUGCAAUCAGCUAUGGCUAUGUUGCUUCUGGAGAAGCUCAGACUGCAACUUCUGGAAAAUCGGUGACGUUUAAUGUAAGUGAGAAACUCAAUGAAAUCAGAACAACAAAGGAGCAUGUGGAAAGGAGGUCCAGAGACAGAGAAGUUAUUGAUCCAUCAAAACGGAUAUCAUUUGCUGAAGCCCUUGAUCUGGGCUUCAUCGAUCUUGAGACACAGAAAUACACAGACCCAAAUACUGGUUCCAGAAUGGCUAUUAUUGAUGCCCUAAGGGAACAGAUCCUUGACCCAUCAGCUACCCUAGAGCCUGCCCAAUCAGAAGGUAUGAGUCCUUUGACUGCAGUAGAGAGAGGUCUGUAUGACAAAUCUAAAGGAGGAUUUAAGGAUCCUGCUUCCCCAAAGAAAAGUCUGACAUUCCAAGAAGCUGUAAAAACAGGAUUUUUGAGCAGCAAGUUCUCCAUUUAUGAUGUCAAAUCUGGUGAAAUUUACACACUAGAAGAGGGCAUUUCAGAAGGAAAAUUAGAUGCAACAUCUGGAGAGGUUUAUGACCCAGACACGAAAAGAAGCAUUCCGUUGAAAGAAGCUGCAAAGAUGGGUCUCAUAGCUGUUGUGGGUGCCCCUGUAGCUGCUGCCUUCAUGGCAAAGGAGAAAAUUGGCUCUGUAUUUGGAUCAAGGAAAGGAGCUGCACCUGUACAAGAAGGACCAAAAGAAAGUGAAGGGCCAUUGAUUACUUUCCAAACUGUAACUGUGAAACAACUUUCUCCUAAAGUCAUUGAAGUGACCCAGAUGGAACAAGGUACAGAACUUGGGAAGGGGAAGGCUGAUGUCUUGACCUUAAUGGAAGCUGUGUCAACAGGCUACCUGAACACAAAGACGGGCGUUCUUAAGGAUCCAAACACGAGUAGGCAAAUUACUUUGUUUGAGGCUGUCAGACAAGGUGUUGUGAGAGGAGAUUCUGCCAUUCUUAAUUACAAAGGAUCAAAGAUACCACUGGAGAGAGCUCUUCUUGAUCGUAUUCUUGAUCACACUGGUCAUAUGGAAGUUAAAGGAUCGCCCAAGAACCUAGAACAGCUGAUCAAAGAUGGAAUCAUUCAGGAAGUGUCAGUGAACCCAAUUGAACACAGUAAACUUCUUGCCAAAACGGUCGAGAAAGUAAGUGUUGACUCUGUUUAUGAUUCAAGAACGAAUCAACAAAUCAGUCUUGAUGAAGCCAUUGACAAAAGAAUUAUUCAUCUUGAAGAUGGAACAUAUGUAGACCCAUCUACAGGAACGGAUAUGGACAUUUCUGAUGCUGUUAGAAAGGGGCUUGUUCAAGGUACUCUCAUUGAUAGUGUCAGAACUAAAGAACACACAACAAGAGCUGGUUUUGCUGCAGAAGUGGCAUUUUCAGAAAAGAAGACCCUGAAAGUCCAGUCUGUAAGAGAUCCUGAAUCUGGUAGAAAUAUUCCUCUUGCAGAAGCGAUAGCUAAAGGAAUAAUUGACAAAGAGGGGAAAACCUAUUUCGAGAAGUCAGCCCAGAAACACAUUCCUAUAGAGACGGCAAUGGAGCAACAGUUAGUAACAGCAAGUGAAAUUAAGGCUGAGAUGAAGACAGGGGAAAAAUACACAAGAUCAAGUGAAAACAUUGUCACACAGACAAAAACAUUCAAUAUUCAAGGAGUUUUGGAUCCUGCCACAAACAUCCAGAUGACUGUUGCAGAGGCAAUUCAGAAUGGUGUUCUUGAUACAUCAGCAGGUGUAGUUAUCAAUAAGAGAACUGGCGAGUCAAUGUUGAUUGCAGAUGCUCUUAAACAAGGCUUAUUGAAGGGAACCACUUCUGGUCAAGGGGCCCAUGAUGUGUCAGUUGUGAAAAGGAGAGAUCAACAACAGUCAGUGUAUGAUACAGAGAGUGGACAUUACUUGUCUUGGAAGGAAGCAGUUCGACAAGAUAUCAUUGACCCUUCCACAGGAAUGUAUAAGAUCUCUGACUCAGAAGCCAUGUCAGUUGAACAAGGUGUCCGUGAAGGUUUGAUCAGAAAAGGGCCUGCACAAAGCACUUUGAAGAAACGAAAGUCGUUUGAUGUUACUGCAGUCUAUGAUUCCCGAAAAGGCAAAGAAGUCCCUGUGGUAGAAGCUAUUGACACUGGACUGAUCAAUUUGCAAACCGGAAUGUACAAUGACCCAGCCUUCUCCACAUCAAUAUCCAUUCAAGAUGCCUUUCAGAAAGGACUAAUUAGUUCCUCAACCAGAGAAGUAAGACCUGACACAACAUUUGCAAAGUCUUUAGCAGUUUUAGAUUCUGCCGAUGGAGAAACUAUUACUACCCCAGUUAUUGUAGAAAAACGAGAUAUUCCAGUUCGAGAGAGAGCAACAGCGGAAUAUAUUGAUUCAAGUACAGGAAAAGCAGUCCAUGGUGCUAAACGUUUCCAGAUCUCUGGAGAUGAACAGGAAGGACAGGUACUUACUUCAGUUGUCCAGAAAUCUUUGACAAUCCACAGCCUGGUUGACCCUGCCACAGGAAGAGAAAUCUCAUUGGCUGAGGCUGUAGAAGAGGAAAUAUUUGACCCUGACAAGGGAGAGCUCAUCAACAAGAACACUGGUCAACAUAUCUCUGUUGAUGAAGCUAUGGGAAAAGGUAUGGUGAGUGCUGAUGUCGUUCAAGGACAGAAGGCUCAGGAAUUCACUCUCGUUAAAGGAUUGAUCAUCACCAGUGUAACUGAUGCCAGGACAGGAAAGGAGAUGUCCAUUAGGGAUGCCAUGAAAAAUGGCAUACUAGAUGAAAAGGCAGGAACCUAUUACAACACAGCUACAAAGAAGAAGGUGCCUGUCAAGACUGCAUUGAAGCAGGGCAUGAUUGAAGGGAAAGAUGUGGAAAAGUCUGAACAACAAAAACAAGACUCUAAACAGAUAAAUGUGACUUCAGUCAUGGAUUCAAAGACAGGAGAGGAACUCAGGCUGGAGGAUGCCAUGUAUAAGGGUAUCAUUGAUGAACAUUGUACUAUGUACACUGAUACUCUGACUGGAAAGAAAUUGUCUGUAGAGGAAGCUAUGAAAGAAGGACUUGUUGCAGGAUCCAUUCAGACUAUAUCUCAAACACAGACCACAGUUAUGUCAAAGAAAUCAUCCUCAAAGUACAACAUUGUUGGUGUAAUUGACACAAGAAAUGGAGCAGAAAUCUCUGUUGGUGAUGCAGUUAACAAAGGAAUACUUGAUCCAACAGGAACAUUUGUGGACACCAGAACAGGAUCUGUUAUGUCUGUGGCAGAUGCUAUCAAGAAGGGAUUAGUCAUCACUGAGGAGGUAGGAGAUGAAAAGGGUGCAGCUGAUGUCAGUAUCACCGUGAAACGGCAUGGAGAAAAAUUUGUAGAUGCAAUGAGAAAUGGUUCUGUGGACCCCAAUACUGGACUGUACAGGGAUAAUGAAGCUUCCAAAACAUACAGUGUUGAUGAAGGGAUCCGAUCUGGUAAACUUCUCAGUGAUGAUGGUAGACCAUACAGGUUCAAAGUUGAGCCAAGCAAAGGAAUUAGAUUCACCUUUCAGAAUGCUCUUAAACUACGUUUCAUAAACACAACAACUGGACUAUUCCAUCAUGAACUUUCUGGACAGGAAAUGACAAUUCAAGCAGCCCUUGACAAAGGGUUCUUAUCCCCAGUCUCAACUGUUGUUGGUAAUCGUGGGGAAAGUGUUGUUAUGUUGAAAUCAGGCGUGGCACCUGUCAUUUCUGCUGAGGGAAUGAAGGAGCUUAUUGACACACAAACCGGGCAGAAAAUGACAGUUAGUGAAGCCCAGGUAAAGGGCAUGAUUAGUCAUCUGUCUCCAACUGAGAAACCAAGUCUUGAUGAAGCCUUCACAGCAGGUUCAGUAGACUCAACAGGACUUUAUCAUGAUCCACUGACUGGUGAAACCAUGACAGUUGAUGAAGCAGUGAUGUGUGGAUUCCUCAACUUGCAACCAAAUGUGCAACCAAAUGGAAAUGAAGAUGUUGUGGAUCGAAAACCUCAACAUAAGAAAGAAAUACUUUCUCUAACCAAUGCUGUCAAGUUUGAGAUGGUGGAUCCUUUAACUGGUAUAUUCACAGAUUCUGACUCUGGAAAAUCCAUGCCAGUUGGACAAGCUGUGUUAGAGGGGUAUCUGGCACCAACAAUGUCAUCUUCAAAAGAUCAUGAUAACCACAAGCCACCACAAGACAAAUACAUCACAAUGACAGAAGGCUCUCCUUUCAAACCAAAACAAGAUAUUGUGGUUGAAAAUGGACAGGUUGUAUCCACAACAGCCACAGAGGUGACUGUGACAUCUGGUUCUGCAACCUACACUGCUAGACCAGGAUUUACUAUAGAUUCAUCUGGUAAUGUUGUUAACACCAAAACAGGUGAGAAGAUGUCUUUGUCAGAAGCCGAACAUGCCGGAAUUGUAGACAUUGAGGAGUCUCAAGGUGUUGGUGCUGUACAGGUGACAAGUCCAGCUCCUCCAGUCAUUGAGGUAUCUUCCCCGGCAUCCUCUGUCACGACGUCCUCAGCAACUACCCCAACCACACCGGUGGAACAGACAAAGGAUUCAUUAGGUAGAACCAUCAAAGUGUCACCCAUGUCCAUAUCUGAUGAACAAGUUAAAAGCACGACACCCGAUACAUCAACAGACAGUGAAUUGACUGAUACUUUGACACAAGACGCCACAGUUUCAACCAGUGUCGAUUCUCAACACGAUGGUUGCAGUGAUAUGUCUUCACAUGCAAGUGACAUUGAGAAAGGGAAAUUUCAAAAGAAUCAACAGCCAAGUCACCCUGCAGGACAAGGAUCACUUAUACUUGAACGAUACAUUGAAAAUCUUUUGUUCAAUUUUUGGGAGCCUCAAUCAGAGAGGCUCAUUCAUCCUAAAAAAGGUACCAAGCUAGGAUUUCAAGAUGCUAUAAAAAUAUCUCUUCUGCCUGAAAGUCUUCGAGUGAAACAGUUUCAAGGAGAGGAUGAUGUGAGUGUGUUAGAAGCAUUGUCAUCAGGCCAGAUGGACAGGAAGUCAGGCCGAGUCGUUGACAUGAACUCAGGCUUGGUAACCCCAGUCCUUGAAGCUCUUAAAACAGGAGUCCUGAUGAUCCAUGAAGAUGAUGCUUGUGAUUCCAGCACUGUAGAUGCAAUAUCAAAAGAACUGGGAGAGGGACUUUUCCAGCUUGUUGUGAAAGGAGAGGCAAGAAUGUCUUUGAGGAUAAUGGACAGGAAGAGUGGAAAGAAAUACUCAGUUCCAGUAAGCAUCCAGCAGUCACUGAUGUCCACAAAAGAUGCGACUGUGAAGGACACUGUGUCAGGCAAAUGGAUGAAUUGGGAGGAUGCCAAAAGAGUGGGUUUAGUUUUGGAUGCCCGUCCAGUAACACUGCAGCAAGCAGUGCUGACAUAUCUCUCUAAGACAAAGAAAGAUCAGUUUUACAAACCAGGUGAAUGUGGAACUUUGCUUACUCUUGAGCAGAUGAUUGACCAAGGUUUUAUUGAUACCAAUAAAAAAGAAAUCUUUGACAAUGAAAACAAUGAAUGGGUUACUGUUGAAGAAGCUGUAUCACGAAAGAUACUUGAUACACAGACAGGGAAAGUGUUUCACACUUCCAUUGGGAAGGCAUUACCUCUUCUUGAUGCGAUGGAUAGUGGAUUAAUUGUGUCCAGUAAGUUAAAUUCAGCCAAGUCUCCAACAUCAAAUAUGGCAAAUGGGACAAAUGGAAAGAGGUUAAACAUCCCCAAUGGUGAAAGACUGCCUAAUUCUAUUGGAAUCCUUGAAGCUUUAGAAAACGGAAGUUUGGAUCCGUUGACAGGAGAACUGUUCACUGAUGGAGAAACAUAUUCCUUUGAGGAUGCAUACGAAAGUGGGUUGCUUUCACACAAAGAUGUGUAUGUCGUAGAUCAAGGAACGGGACUGGUGUACUCUUUCCAUGAAAGCAUCAACCUAGGAUUUGUGGAUAUGAAGUCUGGUGGUAUAUAUGACACAGUAAGUGGUGAGAAACUGACUAUUUACAAAGCCAAACAGAAGGGUUUGUUGAGAAAUACGCCACAAGCUUUCCUUCCUUUGAUUGUAGCAUUCCAGAGUGGGAUCUUUGACCCUGAGGAAAAAGCAGUCCAGCAUCCUGUGACGAAACACUUCAUAUCUCUGACAGAAGCCAUUGCUGAAGGUCUGAUCAACCCUGCUUCCAGACUAACACAUCCAGUCACCAUGGAAAAAUUCACUUUGCAGGAAGUUAUUUCAAAUGGUUCUUUGAAUCUUGAUACACUUGACAUUGUGAUCCCAGGUGGAAGGAAGAUUUCAUUGUUUGAAACUAUCACCCCUGGAAGAAGGAGAUCUUCUUAUGCAGGUGACUUUGGUAGGAAAUCUAGCCUUACUCUUGAUGAGGCUAUUACCAGAGGCAUGUAUGAUCCCGUUUUGAAUUGUGUAACAUCUAAAGACAAAUCAGUUCCACUGAAAGAUGCAUUGAAAUCCAAUCUCAUCCACACAGACUCUCUUGUCAGAGACCCUUUCAGCGGGGAUAUUCUUUCUUUAGGAGAAGCCCUGGACAAGAGAAUAAUUGAUCCAGAAUCAGGCAAAAUGAUUGAUGCUACAGGACAAGCAAUAGCUCUUAACUUUGCCAUGGACAAAGGACUGAUCCUCAGGUCAAAAGCUCCUCUUGGAUUAUCCUUGUCUGAAACUCUUGAUGAAGGUCUGUUUAAUGUCAUUUCAAACAAGUUUCUUAAUCCAGAUACAAACCAAGAGGAAGAACUGUCAGCUGCUCUUCAAAAUGGUAUAAUUGACCCAGAUCUGAUCAAAGUCAGAGAUACAAGCACUGGGAUGUUACUUAACUUUAACUCAGCAGUGGACAAUGGUCUUUUGAAUCUGGAUCAGGGUACUUGCAUGGAUACUGCUGAGGGUGAGGACUACAACUUGAUAGAUGCUAUGGACAAAGGAAUCAUCAUAGACACUUGUAACCAGCCUAAUAUUACCCUCCAAGAAGCAAUUGAGGAAAAUAUUCUUGAUCUUGACACCUGUACAUUUAGAGAUCCUGUCAGUGGUUUCAUUGUUCAGUUAGAUGAUGCGAUGGAGUCUGGACUUAUAGACAGACUUUCUGUUAGUGUGAGAGAUACAUCAAGUAAUACUCUUGUAACACUUGAUGGAGCCAUUGCAGAAGGCCUAGUUGAUUCUUCAACAGGAAUCUACACAGAUCCAGAGUCUGGUAGAAAACUGACUUUUAGAGAAGGUUUUGAGAAAGGUCUCAUUUUCUCUGACUCUUGUAUUUCGGAUGACAGUUUGAUGGAAGCUAUAAGACAGGGGAUAUACAGUGAGAAAACUGGAAAGUUUAUUGAACCAUCUACAGGAAAAGUUAGGGAUCUGAGUGAAGUUUUCAGAGAAGGACUCAUUGACUCGGACAGGCUUAAAAUCCUUGAUAAAGGAAACAAGAAACUUCUGACAUUCAAGGAGGCAGUAGAUGCCAAGAUUAUUGAUGUUAAGAAUGCUCUGGUUGUGGACUCUGAAACCAGUGAAAUGGUGAAUCUUAAGGAAGCCCUUGAUCGAGGUUUAAUCCAGGAGAACAUUAGUACCAUGACUCUGUCCUUGAAACAAAGUGUUGAUGGACAACUACUGCAGAUGAACCAAGGCACAAUCCUUGAUCCAUUAUCUAAAAAGCCUCUUUCAUUGAAAGAAUCUAUAGAUAUUGGUCUCAUUGACAUAUCAGAUGUAUUAUUCAAACAGCCUAACAGUCAGACCUACGAACCUCUCUCUGAUGUAUUAGCUAAAUCUGCAGAUAUUGAAGAAGACCAAAUUAUCGUUGAUUCAUUGGGAAACAAAGUUGAUAUCUCCCAAGCUUUCAGUGACCAUGUUCUUUUUGAAAAACCUCCAUCUGGCUUACCAUUGGCUGAUGUUUUGGAAAUAGGACUGUAUGACUGUAGAAAACAAAGAUUUUGUGAUCCAGUCUCUGGGAAAGAUCUGACCCUUCAAGAUGCUAUCAGUAAGAAACUUAUCAACCCAGACCUACCCCAAGUUGUUGUUCCUGAAGUUGGAGAUUUUUCCCUGAAGCAGGCUUUGGACAAGGGCCUAGUCGAUCCACACACUGGCAACUACAUUGCUUCAGCUAGUCCACUGUCUCUUAGUGAUGCCAUGACUACAGGCAGACUCAUCACUUCCGACCCAUCAACUAGUGGAAGAAAGCAAAAUAUUAUGCAAAUGCAGGGCAUGACAUUUUCAGAGACAAAUGGAAGGAGUCAAUCUGCUCCAAAUGUCUACCAGCCAGAUGUUUCCCCUUCUGGAAGUGGUAAGCAGGUGUUUGACGAACGUUCAAGCCUUAAUGUGACCGUACCUAUUCAGGCAUUUUCAAAGGAUGGGAGGUUCUCAGUGAAAUCAAUGGAAGGACUUGCUUUCAGAGAUUCAGAUAGGGACAGACAAGUUGAGAAAUUGAAAGCCCCAGAUUUCUUUGUUGGGGAUUCCAAGAACUCAUCAGACAUUCCUCAACAAGGGACCAAAGACUAUGGCAAAGAUACGGUACAGAUGGGAGAGAUUCCUGUACCUGGGCUUCCAAAUGAACAUUCUAACUUGUCUGUGAAGGGUGAUAAAGGAUUGGGACCAAAGGACAAUAAGGCAGGAAAUGAGGCAACUGUAUGUGUUUCUGGAGAUGUCAGGGCAGACUCUCCUGAGAAAAGUGUCCAUAUUCCUGGAGUGCAAUUCAAGGAAUCUGUUCACACUGACAAAGGUGUGGUUCCCAAACAAGACGCAGCAAUGGCAGCAGUUCAGAGAGACCCACAUAUACACAAGACAGUCAAAGCUGUGAAGGAUACUGAUGCACAGUUUUCUGUUUGUGAUGAAUAUGGCCUACAGUCUCCUAAAGAUGAAUCUAAACUCUUCAUAAAAGGAGUUCCAAGAGCAAAAUCUGCUGAUAGUUUACGAGAUGCAGGUCAUCAUAUGGAGAACACAGUUCCUGUUUCAAGUUCUUUAGAUGAUGAUUCGGUUUCACCAUUGGGACAGAAAAUUACAGAUUGUACAACAGAAUCACACAAAGAUCCAUCAAAAUCUGACUUCUCAAGGUCACUGAGUAGCCCAGCAAAGGUGUCAGCAGCAGAAAGCUUCACUAAGGAUUUACAUCAAGUCAAAUGGACACCCCCAUCAAGGGAACUGUCAGCUUCCUUGGAUUCUUUAAUAGAAAACGCUGUAAAGAAACAGAAAUAUGGUCAAAAACAUUGGACUUUGUUUGACUUACUUGAGAAAGGAUACUAUGAAAAUGACACAGGGCGAUUUGUAGAUCCAAAAACAGGGGAGAGAUAUUCACUUGUGGAAGCUAUAGAGGCUGGUCUGAUUGAUCACAAUGCUAAAGUAAUCUCUCCAUGCAGUAAGCAGCCAUUAACACUCCAGGAUGCCAUAUCUAGAGGAAUAAUUGACCCAAUCUGUGGAACUUACCAUGACCAGAACAUGCAUAAAGACCUCACACUGCAGCAAGCUAAAGAUGUGGGUUACAUCUUUAAGGAGAGAGAUUCUUCAAAGAGUGCAGUUGAGAUUUAUGUCGAAGAAUUCUUAUCCGAGUCAACUUCGACUGGAAGAAAGAAACUAGAAGAAGCCUUUGAGAGUGGCAUACUUCAUAGAUCUAACUCACAGGUCAUCGAUCCAGAUACUGUCCAACCAAUUACUUUGAGAAGAGCUGCUAGUUUAGGCAUGAUUGAUGUCAAGACUGGUAACUACAAGAACCCUCAAACAGGUGAAUGCAUGUCAUUAGCUGAUGCUGUACAAAGAGGCUUCAUUCUGAGCCCUAAAGGACUAAGUCUUUACAGUGCAGUGAUGAAAGGACUAUACGAUUCAUCUUCUGGGCAGUUUGUAGGACCAGUGAGAACUGAUUCUUUGAAGGACCUGAUUGAAGAUCAAGUCAUCACUCCUCUUUGUGUUGAAGUAAGGGACCUUAGUCAUGACAGUGUGAUAUCCCUAGGUGAGGCAAUAAAAAGAGGAUUGAUUGAUCCUGACAGUGGCUGCUAUGUUAACCCCUCCAGUAACCAGUCGUUUGACUUCAAUGAUGCUAUAGCUGCUGGACUUAUCCUCAGUAGUAGCUCAAGAGAAGGCUUGCAAGAGUCUUCACAGUUGAGGCAGAAACAAUCUGCACGAGGAGAUGCACUUCCAGAGAAAGAUCAGACUCGAGUAUCCAGUGAUGAUGAUAGGCCUAAACCAGGUGUCCUGACAUCAGCUGACAAGAAGACAAAACCAGAAAGUGCACCAACUGAGGCUGAUAAGAUUAGCAAUCAAUCUGCACCUGAAGUUGUUUGUACAGCUCUUGCAGCCUCCAAAAAAGACACAGUUGGGAUAAGAAAACCACUUCAAGCUACAUUUGGUGUUGCAUCUACGACAGAGGUUGAUUCAGGUGUAGUACUGUCAGGAGGAUCAUGGGCUGAAAAUAUACAAAAACCUAUGACAGAUGUUUCUUACAUCAAUGAAAACAACCAGGAAGAUGGUUCACAAGUUCAUCACAACUUCAGAGAAGUUUUCAAGGUUGAUGAUCAUGGAAGGAGCGUUAUUUCAGAAGGCAAUGACACUAGUAGAAGAAAUGAUUUGGAAAAAAGUUACCAUGGUGAAAAAGAUGGACAUCAAGUCAGUGAAACUAGCAGGAAGGAUGAUUCAGAAAAUGAUGAAAAUGGCCGAAAUGAAUCAAGACUUGUUGGAAAGAAUGGAAAAGAUGUUCCAAAUAUAAGUGGAAGUUCCAGAAAAGUUGUUUCAGAACUUGGUGAAACUAGCAGAGAUGUACCAAAAGUUGGUGGAAAUGAUGGAAAAGAUAUUCAAAAAGUUGAUGGAACUUCCAGAAAAGAUGUUUUAGAACCUGGCACAGAUGUGUCAAAUAUUGGUGGAAAUGAUGGAAAAGAUAUUCCAAAAGUUGAUGGAGGUUCCAGAAAAGGUGUUUCAGAACUUUGCAGAGAUGUGUCAAAUAUUGGUGGAAAUGAUGGAAAAGAUAUUCAAAAAGUUGAUGGAAGUUCCAGAAAAGGAGUUUCAGAACUUGCCAGAGAUGUAUCAAGAGUUGUUGGAAAUGAUGGAAAAGAUAUUCCAAAAGUUGAUGGAAGUUCCAGAAAAGGUGUUUCAGAACUUGCCAGAGAUGUGUCAAAUAUUGGUGGAAAUGAUGGAAAAGAUAUUCUAAACGUUGAUGGAAGUUCCAGAAAAGGUGUUUCAGAACUUGCCAGAGAUGUGUCAAAUAUUGGUGGAAAUGAUGGAAAAGAUAUUCUAAACGUUGAUGGAAGUUCCAGAAAAGAAGUUUCAGAACUUGCCAGAGAUGAAUCAAGAGUUGUUGGAAAUGAUGGAAAAGAUAUUCCAAAAGUUGAUAGAAGUUCCAGAAAAGGUGUUUCAGAACUUGCCAGAGAUGUGUCAAAUAUUGGUGGAAAUGAUGGAAAAGAUAUUCAAAAAGUUGAUAGAAGUUCCAGAAAAGGAGUUUCAGAACUUGCCAGAGAUGUAUCAAGAGUUGUUGGAAAUGAUGGAAAAGAUAUUCCAAACGUUCCUGAAAGUUCCAGAAAGGAUGUUUCAAGAGUUAUUGAAUAUGGCAGAGAUGAUGUCAAGGUAAAAACACAUGUAAAAGAUUUGUCAAAUGUGGAUGAAGAUCAUGAUGAAAGGGGAACUAAAUUUGAAAAUUUAAUCAAAGAUUCAUCCCCAAGUGUUACUCCUUAUUCCAAGGAGAUGGUACCUAACAUGGCAGAAAGAGAUGGUGUCAAGCAAAACGUGGAUCUCAAACCAUCCCUCAAGGUUGAUUUUAGGAAUUCAAAUGGAGAUAUUGACAGACCCAACAUCCAGAUCAAAACUAGUGAUGAAGCUGAAGUUGAUACGACCAGAACAUCGAAACCCAAGAAAUCAGAAGGUGGGAAAGCAGGCAGAAUGGUCAGGUUCAAGGACAUUGAAUCAGAGAGUGAUUCCAAUGACUCAGUUCCAUGCUCACCACAUGAGAAAAUCCAAAGGCCAUCAACCCUUGGCAGUGACCUAAAACAGAAGGUCGACAGAGCUCGUACCAUCAGCUGGGACGAAAGUGAUGCAAGCACCCCAGAGAGUGAGGCCAACAGGCUGAAUGAGCUCAUUUUGAAGAUGAACAUUAAAGCAGGCAACACAGCCAGGGAAAGGAGAAAGGGGCGUCUGGCGGACUCCUAUGAGAAGCUGAUGCAGGAUCUGCACAAUGAGCAGAAUCGUAUAUCGGACUUCGAGCAGCUUCUGAAGGAGGACCAACAGAUGGGAGACGAGGCCUACAAGGUUCAGAGUCAGCUGGAGGCUCACAAGGCUGUCCAUGAGGAGAUCGUGAGUCACCAGCAGCGGAUGCUGUCUCUGGUCUACCAGGCUGAACAACUAACGGAACACUACCAGGAGGAACUGACGCCCGAGCAGGUCGUGGAGAUCCAGACCAUGGCUGCUCAGCUGAAGAAGAGUCUCAGCAAGGUUGUGAAGUCAUCCGAGACGCGUCUGAAGCACCUGUCUACGGCCCUGGAGGAGUUGACGAAGUACGAGACGGAGCACAACAAAUUCCUGGUCUGGUUGACGGGAGCCGAGAAGGAGCUUGACAGACAGGAGGAGUGCAUGCAGAGAUUCGAGGAUCUCAAACCACUGGCAGACAAACAGAAGUCCCUGCUGUCCGACAUCGUGACUCAUCAAGCUGACCUCAGGUUCAUGUCAAUGACAUCUCAGAAAUACAUGGAGGAAGCUAAGCUGCACAAAUUGGAGGUUGAUGCUUUCAAAGCUGACCGACAACGUCCAGCUCGCCUGAGUCUAAUCAGCAUGGAGGGUCUGGCAGCAGAAACUGUCAAGGAUGAUCUCAAGGAAACUCAAACACGCUACCAGGAUCUCAAGGGCAAGUGCGGCAACUUUGGUGAAAGGUUGAGCGAUCUGGCCAACAAACAGAGAGACUAUAAUGAUGUGGCGUUCAAACUGCUUCAGUGGCUGACAAAAGCUGAAGACAAUCUUAUGUCCAACAAACAAGAAAGUGGGUCUCCUGAUCCCAAUAGACUACAUGAUCAGCUGGAAAAGCUGAAGUCACUUAGAACUGAUGCUAUUGCACAGUCUGGUGUUGUGGAUGAUCUCGAAAGGAAAGGAAGGAACUUGACCAAUGGUCUAAGUGGCAUCUCUGCUGACCCCCAGCAAUUGGGUAAAAUGCAAGAUACUCUGAAGGACAUUACCGGUAGAUACGAAUCACUCAACAAAGACAUUGACGAUCAGACGAAGAGUCUACAGACUGCCAUAACCAAGUCUCAGGGAGUCAAGGAGGCUGUAGGUGGUCUGCUCAACUGGAUGAAAGAUGCUGAAAAGGUGAUGAAGAAGCAGCAUGCAAUCAGUCUGAACCCAGACAAUAUUCAGGAACAGAUGCAGGAGUUCCGUGCUGUUGAGAGUGAUAUAUUGAAUCAUAAGUCCAGCAUUGACUCCAUCAAACAGGGAGCCCUUGAUCUCAUCAAGACCUGUGACCUCGAGAUGGCUCGUGCACUUGAAUCACAAGUUGAGGACAUUGACAAGCAGUAUGCUACCAUCCAAAAGAAGGUUGAGGUGAGAGGACGCGACCUUGAGGAUGUGUCUGCUAAGCUAAAGAAAUUCCAGGAUGAACUUAAAGACUCAAAUCAAUGGAUAGUAGCUAACAUUGACAACAUGGAAUCAAAAGACUUUAACAAAAUGCCAAGUGAAGAGAUGAAAUCAGAACUUGAAAAAGUAGCAAACCAGAAGAACAGACGAGCUGGAUUAGUCUCUGAUCUCAAGAAGCUAGGUGACUCCCUUGUUAAAGAUCCAAGGACAGGGGAGGUGACUUCGAUGAAGGACUCGCUCGCCGAGUUAGAGAGGAACUGGGAUGACCUGACCGUGCUCCUGGCAGACAAGGAGAGAGAGGCAGAACAGAAAGAGAAACAGGACAACGAGUUUGAGAACGCCAAGACCUUGAUUCUUCUCUGGCUGGCAGCAAUAGAGUCUCAGCUGGAUACCUUUGAGCCGGUGGCUGUUGACAUUGAGACGGUGGAGCGGCAGAUUGCAGAACUACAGCCAAUGCUUGAGGAGUUUGAGGGUCAUGGUGAGAAGGUGGAUGAAAUCAAUGACCUUGGCAAUGCCCUUGAGAUGAUGCAGUCGCCCACCGAGCGUCCUCUCAGUCCAUUCAGGAGGAUAAACAGUCGGAGACGCCUUGGUCUGUACUCUUCGCGACUGCGUACCCCCUCCCCCACAUUCCCCACGUCCCCGACCACUUUGGCCACCAGCCCUCUGUCCAGCGAGUCCAGCGGGGUCAGCAGCAGAAAGAGCAGCUCCGACAACUUGCUGCUGGACGAUCUGUCUGAAACCCAGCAGCAGCUGUUGGACAUCAACCAGCGUUACGACAUUGUGGGCGAACGCCUGGCUGACCGUCAACAGGAGCUGAACACUGUGCUGGCCAGCAUCAAGACCUUCCUGCAGGACCUCCAGGACAUGCUCACCUGGCUGGACAUGAAGGACGGCGACAUCAGCAAACAGGUGGCCUCCAUCCCCACCAAUGAGAAGGAGGCCAAGAGGAAGCUGAAGGACCAUGAGGCAUUCCACCGGGAGCUACUUGGUAAGGAGGGUCUCGUAGAGGACAUCAGAAAGAAGGCACAGCACCUGCUGAAGACCAAGCCUGGCGUCCCCGGACUCGACACACUUCAGUCCCAGAUCUCACAACUAGAUGACAAGUGGCAUGGACUCCGUGCUACCUCUGAGCAGCGCCGCAAGAGCCUGGAGGACAUGGUGUCCCACCUGCGAAGCCUGCGUGAGAAUGGGGAUCUGCUCAACAAGUGGCUUACCCAGAAGGAGAAGAUGCUCGACGUCUUGGGGCCAGUUGCUACUGAGCCUGCACUCAUCCAGACCCAACUAGACCAGGUCAAGGUCCUUCAUGAAGAGUUCACCAGCCAGGAGCCCUUGUAUGAUCAGUUCAUCCAUGCUGGUCACUCCAUCCUGGACAAAUGUGACCCAGAGUCGCGUGACGCUGCCACGAUCAGCCGUAAGAUGGACACCAUCAGCAAGGCCUGGGAGAAACUGCAGAGCCGCCUCAAUGAGCGACAGUCCAGUCUGAGUGCCAUGGAAGGCAUUGGGUCUGAGUUCGCCCAGAAGACCAGCAUGCUACAGAACUGGGGCCAUGACUUCCACAACAGGCUGGACUCCCUACCACCUGUCAGCCCUUACCCAGAGAAACAGAGCAGGCAGGCCGAUGAGAUGAUUCAAUUGGCGGAGGAGAUGAUUGAGCAGACGCCAGUCUUGACUCGCACUAAGGAGUUGUGUAAACAACUCAGUGAGAAGACCAAAGACUCCGCCACCAAAGCGGACCUUCGUGCCAAGCUGGCCAGGGUUGAGAAAACCUUGGCUGAUGCCGAGAAGAAAAUGGAUGCAAGGAAUGAUGCCCUGGAGGUGGCUGGCAAGGAGGGCCAGAAGUUCACUGCUGACUGUAAGGAGAACCUGGCCUGGAUCAACGAGGCAUCUCGACGACUCCGCAACCAGCAGCCUCUCUCUGGGGAUCAGAAUGUGCUGAAGAAACAGGCAGAUGAUCACAAGGUUUUGCUUCAAGAUAUUACUGCCCAAGAGCCUGAAAUAAGGGAUCUGUUGGACAAGGGACAGAAGAUCCUGGAAAAAUCUUCUCCAACCAUGGACACAAGGAACAUCGCAGACACCCUGGAUCAGAUCCAGUCCGAGUGGAAGGAUCUCCAGGACUCGGCCAAGGACAAGGAGCAGGAUCUUGCUGAAGCCAAGGCACAUGCCCAGAAGUACCAGGACAGCCUGGACAAGAUGCUCAUGUGGAUGGACAUGUCGGAUGACAAGCUGAAGAAGACCCAGCCUGAUAAACUCGAGAAGGACACUGUGGGCAGGAAGCUGAAGGAGCUGCAGGCUCUGCAGAAUGAUGUUCUGAAGAAGACCCACGACCAUGAUCACUUGAAUCGGGAAGGAGAGGCCCUGAUGGAAUGUGUAAAGGAUGGCCGGCAGAAUGUGAGGAACCAACUGGACGACCUCAACAACCGCUGGGAGCAUCUCAACUCAGGCAUCACCGAGAGGAGCCAGAGUCUGGAGGACCUCCAGCAAAGACUGGCUGAGAUCCAGGACAACAUGGCAGAUGCCACCGGCAACCUCCUCAAGUGGGAAAACAAGCUGGAAUCUCAUCUCGCUCUUGGACAAAUAUCCAAGGAUCCCAAAUAUCUAGACAAGAUCAAGAACCUCCAAGAGGAUGUUGGAGGCCUCCAAGACCAGCUCGACUACCUGGAUGCCCUGGUGGAGGGAGUCAGCCUAGAGGCUUCAGAUGAACCAGACACUGCAGAACUGAAAGCCAGCGUGGACAAGGUUCGGGGCAGACAGGAUGCCCUCCAGGAAAAUCUCAACGAGCUUCUUGGUGACAUGGAGACUGGUUCACAAGUUGUUGGACAGUUCCAGGGACAACUGAGGACUGUGGCUGGAGAAAUGUCUGACCUGGAGAAUGAGCUGAAGAAGAUGGCCCCAGUAGCCCGCGACGAACACACUCUCGAUGCCCAGAAGCAGGACCUUCAGGACUACCAGACACAGCUGGACAACAUGGGAGAGGCUCUGCAGGACCUGGAGGGACAGAGCGAUGACCUCCUCAGGGCAGGAUAUGUCUCCGACCCAGAUAUGCUGAGAACACAGCUUGCCAACCUGAAGAACCAGCAUGACCGUCUGAGUCAUCAAGCCAGACAACGAGCUGCUGAUAUAGACGCCAACCAGGACAAGGUGAAGAAUGUCAACGAGAAUCUGAAGAGACUGAGGAAGGGAAUGGAUGUGUCCGCAAACGUGCUGGAGUCGCUGAAACCUGUUGGAGGAGAUGUUGGUCUCAUCAAGGAGCAGCAGGAUGAACUCAAGAAUGUUGUUCGCAAGGACAUUGAGCCACUCCAGAAGCAGUUUGACGUUGUUACCUCUGAGGGACAGAGCCUGAUUCAGUCAGUCCCACCUGGAGUGGACACAUCUGAACUCGAAACGGAUCUUGAGGUCCUUGCUGACAAGUGGUCCCAACUUAAUGAGAAGGUGUCUGACCGGGAGAGGAGUCUGGACAGUGCCCUGCUGCAGUCUGGGAAGUUCAAUGAUGCCCUAGACUCCCUGCUGUCCUGGCUGUCCGAGACAGAGGACAUGGUGGCCAACCAGAAACCUCCCUCACCCGAGUUCAGGGUCGUCAAGGCUCAGCUCCAAGAACAAAAGUUCCUGCAGAAGAUGCUGGAGGACAGAUGGCCCAGCGUGAACAACCUGAAGGACACUGCAGACACACUACAGUCCACCGUAGACCCCAAAGAGAAGAAGAAGAUCCAGAAACAGAUGGGUGACCUUGAUGCCCGAUGGGGGGCUCUGGCCAAGAAGGCUGGCGAGAGGAUGGGGAUGUUGGAGGAUGUUGUGAACCUUGCCAAGGACUUCCAAGGAAUCACUGAGCCCCUGACCUCAUGGUUGACUGAAGGAGAGAAGAAGUUUGCCCAGCUUGAACCCAAGGCUCUUGAUGCUGAGGGGAUCAAGAAGCUGGUGAAGGAACUCAAGCAACUCCAAGAUGAGAUUGAUGACAAGGACGAUGAUGUUCAUAGUCUGGCCUCCAAAGGCAAGAGUCUUCAGGAUUACUGCAAAGGUGAUGACGUGGUCUUUAUCCAGAAGAAGAUUGAUGAUGGCCAGAAGAGAUAUGGUGACCUCAGGAACAAGGUGGAGGACAUCCUGGAACAGAUGGAAGAAGCUCUCCCAUUGGCCGAGAAGUUCCAUGAUGCUCAUACCAAGCUCCUUGAUUGGUUCAGCAAGGUAGAACCAGAGGCAAGGUCUAAAGAUGCUGUUGGUCAGGAUGCUGAAGAGCAUGUACAGGUACUCAUGGACCAACUUGAGGAGAUUGAACCAAUCCUUGAAGUUCUUAACUCUGAGGGCAACGACUUAGCGGACUUGGCUCCAGGAGACUCCGGACUCCGUAUUGAAGACCUCAUCUCCAAGGACAACAAGAGGUUUGAUAAUGUCAAGGACCAGAUUGCCAAGAAGGCAGAGAAGGUCCAACUGUCCAGACAGAAGUCAAAUGAGGUGGUGAAUGCCCUUGAUGACCUGCUGGAGUGGUUUGAUGAGGAGGAGGGCAAGCUUCUUGAAUGUAAGGCCAUCAGCUCAGACCCUAGUGUCCUACAGCCACAACUUGUGGAGCAGAAGACCAUGAAUGACGACAUUAACAGUCAGAAAUCGAAGGCCAGAGAUGCCAUCGCACUGGGCAAGAAACUACUGAGAGAGAAUUCUGUUGAGGAGGAUGGUGCCAUCAGGGAGAAGAUGGAUCUUCUGAAGCAGAGAUCUGAUGGUCUGUCUCGGAUGAGCAACGACAGGCUCACCCAGCUGGAACAGGCACUGCCAUUGUCUAAGCACUUCACUGAUACCCAUGCUGACCUCGUGUCUUGGAUGGAGGAGAUCGAGCCCUCACUUGCAGAGCUGGAGAAACCCUCUAUUGACAUGGAGCAGGUCAAGAAACAACAAGAGAUGAUCAAGGCCCUGAGACAGGAUGUGACCGACCAGAAGCCGAUGUGUGACCGUCUGAACAAGACAGGUAACGCACUGCUGCAGAUCUGUGGCCAAGGAGACGCUGGGAAAGUCCAGGACAUCUUGGAUGAUGACAACCGCCGCAUGGAGGAGAUUCGCAAUGGUGUCAGGGAGAGGUCACAUUCCAUCGAUGCUGCCAUGCAACAAUCCGCUGAGUUCACUGACCAACUUGAGGACAUGCUUGAGACGAUGACCACCACCAACGAACAAGUCCAGAAUGCUGAGCCCAUCUCGGCCUUCCCUGACAAACUCAGAGACCAGAUUGCUGAGAACAAGGACAUCAUUGGUGAUAUUGACAUGCGAGAAAAGGCACUGGAGAAGGUCAAGGUCACGGCUGAAGAGCUGCUGAAACAGGCUGGAGACACUCAGGAUGAUGCAGUGAAAGAUGUUAAAGAAAAGCUGGAUGAACUUAUCAAGCUGUUUGACGACAUCAAGACUAGCACGAAGGAUCGUGGCGAGAACCUAGAGGAUACACUUGAUGUGUCUGAGAAGUUCUGGGAUGACCUCAACAACCUCAUGGGCACUCUCAAUGAACUGCAGUCCAACAUCAAAACCCAGGAACCUCCAGCAUUAGAACCAGAAGCCAUUCGAGAACAGCAGGAAGAGCUUGAGGCUCUGAAAGAGGACAUCCAGGCUACUGCUGCUGAUCUGGAUGAUGUCCGCCAGGCAGGAGACCAUCUCCUGUCUAUGGUCGGAGAUUCAGAGAAACCAGAAGUCCAGAAGAACAUCGAGGAUGCAGACGCCAACAUGGCCGCCAUCAGUGACGAGUGUGAGAAGAGGUCCAAGACCCUUGAAGAUGCUCUCAAGAAGGCUGUCACUUUCCAGGAUGAGCUGAUGAAAAUGCUUGUUUGGCUGCAAAGGAUGGAAGAAAGGUUCUGUGACCUUGGACCCAUUGGAUCUGACUUUGAGACAAUCAAGAAACAGUGGGAUGAACUCAAGAUCUUCAAAGCUGACGUUGACCCUAAACAAAUUGACGUUGAGACCCUAACCCAGCAAGUGAAUGACAUGGUGAAGGACUCCAAUGCUGAGCAGGCUGCCGUGGUGAAGGAGCCUCUCCUGGAGGUCAAUACAAGGUGGGACACGCUGGUGGCCGGAAUCGGAGAGAGGCAGAGACAGCUGCAGAUGGCCUUGCUCAGUGUGGGUCAGUUUGACCAUGCCCUGGACGAGCUGCUGUCCUGGGAGGAGAAGACCGAUAAGGCCCUUGAUGCCAUCACACCAGUCGAGGGCGAAGUCAAGGACAUCGAGAUGGAACUGGCUAAACUAAAGUCUCUCCAGAAUGACAUCACAGCACACCAGCCAAGCGUGGACUCCCUGAACGAGGAGGCACUGAAGCUGAUGGCUGCUGACAGUGGAGAGUCUGCCGCCAAGCAGAAGGUGGACAAGAUGAACAACAGAUGGGACGACCUCCAGGACAAGUGUAGCGACAAGCAGGCCAGGCUGGAGACUGCCCUCAAGGAGGCUCGCUCCUUUGGUGGGGACCUCCAGGACAUCAUGAUGAAACUGGGGGAUGUAGAGAACCAACUCAUAACCUCCAAGCCGGUCGGAGGACUCCCAGAGACUGCCAAGGAACAACUCGAGAAGUUUAUGGAUGUAUACAGUGAACUUCAAGCCCUUGACCCCAUGAUCAAGUCUGUCAUAGACAAAGGACAUAAACUUGCCAAGAAAUCCAAGCGCCCUGCUCAGUCCAACCUGACCCAGAAUGUUGGGGCGCUCAAGCAGAGGUGGGACCAUGCCAAGAAUCGAGCAGAGGACAAGAAGAAAAAGCUGGAGGAAGCUGUUGGCCUCGCUGGCAACUUCCACACGGAGUUGAACAAGUUCAUUGCAUGGCUGACGGACACAGAGAAAACCCUCAACAACCUCAACCCUGUCAGCCGCCUGGUGGACAGAGUCACCAAGCAGAUUGAUGAACACAGGUUUCUACAAAAGGAUGUGAGCAAGCACCGAGAGGCGAUGGUCGCUCUUGACAAGAUGGGUACCCAUCUGAAGUACUUCAGCCAGAAGCAGGAUGUCAUCCUGAUCAAGAACUUGCUGUCCAGUGCACAGCACCGGUGGGAGAAGAUCGUGUCCCGCAGUGCAGAGAGGACCAGGCACCUUGAGAGGGGGUACAAGGAGGCCAAGCAGUUCCACGACAUGUGGCGAGACCUGAUUGACUGGCUGGUGGAGGCACAGAGCGAGGUAGACUCCGACCAGUUCAUUGCAAAUGAACCAGACAAGAUCAAGGCCCAGAUUGCCAAACAUAAGGAGUUCCAGAGGAAGCUUGGCUCCAAGCAGCCCAAGUUCGACACAGUUAACCGUACUGGCCGCUCCCUCAAAGACAGAUGCCCCAAGGAAGACAGCCCUGAGAUACAACAGAUGUUGAAUGAUCUCAAGUCCAGAUGGAAUGCUGUCUGUGGAAAGUCUGUUGACAGACAACGUAAGCUGGAGGAGGCGCUGCUCACUUCGGGUCAGUUCAAUGAUGCCCUGCAAGCUCUGAUGGACUGGCUGGCCAAGGUCGAGCCCACCCUUGGAGAGGAUCAACUCGUCCAUGGCGACAUUGAGACGGUCAACAGUCUGCUUGACCAACACAAGACAUUCCAAACGGAGCUGAGUGCAAGAACCAACACAGUUGCCUUUGUACAGAAGUCAGCCAAGGAGCUGAUGGAGAAGUCCCAGGAGGACACGUCCCAGCUCCAGGCACAGCUCAUCGAGCUGUCCACCAUGUGGGACCGAACUUGCCGCCUCAGUGCCAACAAACAGCAGAGACUCGACCAGGCACACAAACUGGCUGACGAGUUCCAGAAGAAGGCCCAGGGUCUGGUGGAAUGGCUUGCGGAGGCGGAACAGACCUUACGCUACCGAGGCCCAAUCCCCGAUGAGGAGCCCCUCAUCCUACAGCAGAUGGACGAGCACAAGAAAUUUGAGGAGGCCUUGAUGAGACAGGAGGCUACCCUGAGAGAAACUCUGAACAUCGGCCAGGACAUCAUGAAGCGGUGUCACCCCGACGCUGUGUCCACGAUGAAGUACUGGCUGUCAGCACUCCGGGCUCGCUGGGAGGAGCUGACCAGCUGGUCAAGGCAGCGUGGCCACCGCCUGGCGGAGGGUCUGACCCACCUGAGGAAGAACAACGCCCUGCUGGAGGAGCUGCUGGCCUGGCUCAACUCAGCCGAGGUGAAGCUCCACAACCAGGACCAGGAACCCCUCCCGGAAGAAAUCCCGGCCAUCAUGGAGCUCAUCCGGGAACAUCAGGAUUUCCAGAACGAGAUGUCUGGCAAGCAGCCAGAAGUUGACCGACUGACCAAGGCUGGAAAGAGGCGGACAUCAUCAGUAUCUCAAGAUGGAGUUUCCUCCUUCAUUCCUGUACUCAAAGGAGCUUACAAGACACCAACCAAGUCAUCACGCCUUGACACACCAGGAAGAAAAACUCCUGACUUUGGAAGAAAGACCCCUGACUUCAGUCGCAGUUAUGGAAGAAAAACACCAGAUUUCGGACGUAGAACACCGGAUUUUGGUCGCCGCACACCAGAACCAGGCCGAAAAACACCCGAACCUCUAUAUGCCAAUCCCAGAGUCGGUGCUCUGUUCAACAAAUGGAGGCAGGUGUGGCUUAUGGCUAUGGACAGGCAACGCAAACUCCAGGAUGCACUGGAGUACCAGAAUGAGGUGGAGAGAAUGAAAAACUUUGACUUUGAUGAGUGGCGGAAGCGCUACCUGCGAUGGAUGCAUCACAACAAGGCUCGCAUUAUGGACCUGUUCCGUCGCCAGGACCGCGACCACGACGGCCAGGUCACUAGGAAGGAGUUCAUUGAGGGCAUCAUUUCGUCCAAGUUCCCAACAUCCAAACUUGAAAUGAAUGCUGUUGCUGAUAUUUUCGAUCGUAACCGUGAUGGCUACAUCGACUACAAGGAGUUCGUCUCAGCCCUCAGACCAGACAGAGAUCCUCCCAAACCUGAGACGGAAGCAGACAAGAUCAACGAUGAAGUGAAGCGGCAGGUGCACAAGUGCACGUGCAUGAGGCAGUACAAGAUUCACAAGAUCGGAGAAGGGAAAUACAGGUUUGGGGACUCACAGAAAUUGCGUCUGGUUCGAAUCCUACGUAGCACCGUGAUGGUUCGAGUUGGAGGAGGAUGGAUUGCGUUGGAUGAAUUCCUAGUGAAGAACGACCCAUGCAGAGUCGGCCUGUGGCGGCGAAACCGAUUUCGCUUCAUGAGACGUUUUCUUCAUCACGACCAGUCAAAGGGAAGAACAAAUAUAGAGCUCCGGGAGCAGUUUAUCCUUGCGGAGGGUGUGAGUCAAUCUAUGACGGGUUUUGUCCCCAAGACUCCCCCCAGCUCCAACUCCGGUAGUUCCACCUACUCCGGCGGCAACAACUCCUGGAGCAGCCGCUCCCCCAGCACCGCAAGCGGGCCCAUCUACAAGAUUCGUGAAAAGACACAACACCAAUCACCAUGGAAACGUGGCAAGACAAGCCCUGACAAGGAAGUGACCCAAAUAAUGUCGCGAACAGAGACGCCGAAAGGUCGCUAUUCGAAAGAUCUUCGUAGUCCUAGAAAUAUCAAUAGUCCAGUUAGUAGAAGUUCAAGUCGAGCUAGCACCGGAACAGGAAGUCGUCCACCGAGCAGGACAGGAAGUGAAGCAUCGGAGACCAGUGAACCUGAUGUGUAUUUAACUGGCCACGCUGAGGCACGGAGUGCAGGUGGACGCAACACCACGACGCCAACAUACCCUCGGACACUGCAAACACCCCCGCACACACAGUCUCACAUACCAACGCCAACCAAAGGAUCAAAAAUACCCAAAUUUUCUCCCCGAAAGAAGUGAACGAUGACUUUUCAGACAAGUGAUUGAAAUGAACACUCUCAAUGUCUUUCAGUUUUUGCGUACAUUCGGAUUCUGAAAAAUGUACAGUGUACAGUGUGUUUAGUUUUUUGCAUCGAUGAUUGACAGCAAAAUAUGCUUGGAUGCUAAUCAAUAUGGAUGUGCAAAGAAAAAGAAUCAUGUUUUGAUUUUGUCAAUUUCGUUACAAUACGUCAUCAUCAAGUGCUGCUUUGUGAAUCUCAGUUCAAGGAAGAGUGUCAAUUGUGUGACGACGUCUAUUGAUCAUUGGAGGUCUUGUGCUUAUCGUGUGAAACUUGACAAUGUUACCCCACUAAGUGCUUGAUUUAGCUAGAGAAAUGAAUACCCUGGAACUAGUGUUGUCCUACAGUGUUGUGCUUAUAGCUGACAUAAGCCACUGUCUAGUGUUUGUCUCAAGACACCCCUGUGAUAAAAGUAGAACCACCUAGACAAUACAAUAGUCUAUUCCAUGUUAGAUUACAGGGGUGUUGAGUAUGUAGAGGCCUAUAGUCGAGAAGUAACUUAUUUAAAAGCUUAUACAUAUUGAUAUUUAACUGAUACAGGGUGCCUAAGCGAUGUAUAUUUCAAUGAUGGUAUACAACUUUUCCUGUAUAGAUAUUUGUAACGAUUCUGAUAGAAUGUUAUCAGGUUCAAAAUUAUUUUUAUGCAUCCACGCUAAAGAUUGUUGAAUCGAAAGUUAUUGUUAUGGAUGUUUAAAGAAAAUGUUUUGUCGAAGUUGUUGUUUGUGUAUACAUAUUGUUAUUAGUGUGAAAAGGUUAGGUUUUUUUCAUUCAGUGACACUUUUGCGGUGUUACCGUCACGGUAAUUCUUUCAUUCAUUUCAGAUACGUUGUAGAUAUUUUAGCAACCGAAUUUGAUGUCGUUUCUCAAAUGUUUUCUCUCUGAGUCAUUGUUGCUGCAAAUUUACCACCUUUUUGUGACCAGGUUGAAAAUAUUUGUCUUACGAUUAAAGUUUGGUUUGGUUUAGCAGUGUGUUCGAGAAAGAUAGUGUGUGAGCGUGAUAUAUCAUUUUGUAUGCUGGUUGUGACUGAUUUUAAGCUUCACUCCGUUAUUCAUUCAUGCCGCUUAAUUAUAUGCAGAUGUGUAUUAUAUAUGAACAACAUUUUCAUUAGUUUGAACAUUGCGUAUCGAAGGCUAAGCCGUACAGCCAUUAGUCCCUUGGUUUCAAUGGUCCUGUUUGUCUCUCACUCAAGGUACUUAUUGCUGUUUUUACAUAAAAUGUAGUCAAGGUUAAUUUUUUUAUUUUAAAGUAAUAUAAAUAUGAGCUGAAAAUAUUUUGAUAUCAUCUUAAAUUAUUGUCCUAUAUAUUACUAUUAUUAUGAUGUCCCUGGUACUACAAUAUUGCCGCUGUAACCAUUCCCAAAUACCUUAUGUAGUACUUGGUCCACAGGAAUAAUUUACUUAACACAUGCCAUAUUCCAUGACAUAAUUUGAUAACAAUCGCUUCUUGUAAAGAGAUGUACGUCGUGUAUGAAACGUGCUAACUCUGCAUAAUAUUGAAAUGAUAUUUCGGGUGAAUGGGGAAAUUAUCCUUGCCAGAAAAGCAGAAAAUGAUUGAUUCAAAAUACACUGAAUAAAUAUAUGAAUCUCA